AAAACUCAAAAAAGUAUAUUGAAAUUGGGCAGGGUGGUUUGGACCGGGAACUUACCGGAUGAAUAUCGAUCCAUGACCGAACGUCCGACCCGAUUUGCCGGAAAAAGAAUAUUACACCCGGCACUGCUUCGCAAGGAAGUGUUAUGUACAUCAUUCCAAACGAGUGGUAGCAUCCAGUAAACUUAACUUCAUAUUUCCAAAAAUUCUUGUGCCAUAAUUUGUGUCUGUACCAGCAGCUAUGCUUCAGUCCUUGGAUUUUCGAAGUUUCAUUCUUCGUGCUCGAGUGCUGAAGCUGUAUAGACAAGCACUAAAGAUUACAAAAAGAGCACCAUGUGACAGUAAAGCUGAAUUGAGAAAUAUAAUUAGACAAGAGUUUGAGAGUCAACGAAACUGCAGUGACAAGCAGAGGAUACGUUUCUUGAUAAGUGAUGGACUAGAGAGAUUAAAGCGUUUGGAUGAGAUGCUUGAUAUGCAAGGCCAUUAAUGACUUGCACAGAUAAUAUUGUCAGAAGAGGAAACUGUUUUUUAUGACUACUGUUUGUUAAAAGUUUCUUCCUUGGCAGCCAGCUGUUAAUCCCUUCAGUUUGUUUUCACUUGUAACCACUUCGAAACUUUGUUGCUAAGCAAGAUUGUUUGCAGAUGAUUCCCAAAUUCAGAAUAGGUGGACAAGUGUUGAUUGAUACAGUAUGGCUUCCUAGGUAAAUACACAAUAUAAAGCUUGAUG